CAGCAGUUUCACAAAAACACAGGAAGCGCUUGGAAAGAGCAUUUAAAUACAAGUUCUGCUUCGUUGGCAUCCAAUUCAUGAUUUCACUCGGACUUCAUGAACACUCCUGAACAUGGGAUAGGAUUACCACUUCUCCUAUUUCAGUUUAAACAACUUUAACAACAUGAUUUCGCUGUCAUGGCUGCAGCACCUGAGCUGUGUUCUGUCGCAUGUCAACACUGCAGCUCUGCUACUUAUGCUGCUAGUUUUUUAUUGUGUGCAUGUGUAUCAGAAACAACGGAACCUCCUGGCAAAAAUCCCGCCAGGUCCGAAGCCCUGGCCGGUUGUGGGAAACGUUGGCCACUUUCUCAUACCCUCUUUCAUCCAGAGGAGGUUUGGACAGCAGCGGGACAACACCAACAGAAGCGCUAUGGACGUGUUAACGGAAAAUGCCAAUAUCUAUGGGAACAUAUACAGCAUCUUUGUAGGGAGUCAGCUCAUGGUGGUGCUGAAUGGAUAUGAAGUGGUGAAGGAUGCUCUGUCCAACCAUCCUGAGGUGUUCUCCGACAGACCAGACAUCCCUUCUAUCUCUAUCAUGACCAAACGCAAAGGUAUAGUCUUUGCACCUUACGGGCCAGUGUGGAGGAAGCAGCGCAAGUUCUGCCACGCCACUCUCCGAACGUUCGGCCUGGGGAAGCUGAGCCUGGAGCCGUGCAUCCUGCAGGGCCUGGACACCAUCAAAUCACAGCUGCUGGUCCUGAGUCAGGAGGGUGGGGCUGAUGCCGGAGUGGACCUGGCCCCGCUGAUCAGGAACGCCGUGUCCAACGUCAUCUGCUCUCUGGUCCUGGGACAUCGCUUCCACCACGAAGACCGAGAGUUCAGCAAACUGCUGGACCUGAUGGACCGAGGGCUGGAGAUCUGCGUCAACAGCGCCGCGGUCCUCAUCAACGCCUUCUCUCUGCUCUACUACUUACCUUUUGGGGUCUUCAAGGAGCUGCGGCAGGUGGAAGGAGAGAUCACAGUGUUUUUGAAGAAGAUUAUUGUACAUCACCAGAUAACAUUAGAUCCUGCUCACCCCAGGGAUCUGGUGGAUAUGUACCUGAAGGAGAUGUUGGACCAGCAGCAGAGAGGAGAGCAGGACAGCAGCUUCACAGCAGACUAUCUCUUUUAUAUUAUAGGAGAUCUCUUCAUCGCUGGCACUGACACCACCACCAACUCUGUUCUGUGGAUUCUGCUCUACAUGGUCUUAUAUCCUGAUGUCCAAGACAGGAUGCAGGCAGAGAUAGAUGAAGUGGUGGGCACACAACGGGUCCUGUCUCUGACUGAUAAGGGAAGUUUGCCUUUUACUGAAGCCACCAUCAUGGAGGUGCAGAGAAUGACUGUAGCUGUUCCCCUGGCUAUCCCUCACAUGGCCUCCGAGACAACAGAGUUCCGAGGCUACACUAUUCCCAAAGGAACCGUUAUUGUGCCCAACCUGUGGUCUGUCCACAGAGACCCCGCUCUAUGGGACGACCCAGACAGUUUCAACCCGGGGCGCUUCCUGGACGACGAGGGAAAGCUGCUCAGGAAGGAAUGCUUUAUACCUUUCGGGAUUGGUCGCAGGGUGUGUAUGGGGGAACAGCUGGCGAAGAUGGAGCUCUUCCUGACGGUCGCCAUCUUACUGCAGGCGUUCAGAUUCAGACUCCCAGAGGGGACGCCCCCCCCUUCCCUGCACGGACGCUUCGGCCUGACGCUGGCCCCCUGCCCAUACACUGUGUGUGUGAGCCCCCGUAGAUGAAACAGUGGAAUAUUUGGUUAUAACAAUCCAAUCCAAUUACAUUUACCUAUGUGGCUAAAGGUCUCUUGGGGAGACCAUAUCAUUUUUGCAAAGUAAAAAGUGUGUUUUGAUUGGAAUGCAAAUAUGUCUUCAUCCAAUCUGUUAUUUUUUGGAUUGUUCAAGCAUUAUUUAGGUCCAUAACAUUUCAAUAGCCAUCAAAAAUGACCAUCAUGCCUUACAGUAUGUGUUGCAUUUACAUUGCUGUGUUCAGAAUAGCUGCUAAAAAGGUGGAUGGAUAUUAUUAUGGUAGAGGCAUUUGGUUUUAAAAGACAUAUUCUCAAUAUAUGUUAUUGUUUUAUGAUGCACACCACUGCAUAUAUUGGCACAUAUUCAAAUGUUCUUAAGUAGGGCAUUAGGGAAGGAAAGAUUUCAGUUAAAAGAGUCAAAAUUGAUUAAAGAGAUUAGUUAAACGAAAUGCGGUAAAUAAGGUAAAACACUGCAUACAUUUGAAGUGGUUUUAUUAUAUAUAUUAAAAGUGAUAGUAAAAUAACUUUGGCAUGCAUUGCUUGCUCAUUCUUAUGUACUUUUACAAAGUAAGGCUUGCUUUCAAUCAUUUUGUAUCAUGCAUCUUGGAGUCCUGGCACACGAAUCAAGCAAGUGUAUGUUAUUCAGUGUGCCAUUGUGUAUGUUUGGAACAAGUCUAAGUACACCGUCUGGGAUUACAAAAAAAUGUGCGGUUAUAAAAAAAUGCAGACCUGAA